UUUCAAAGUGGGGGAACCUACUCCUACCAUUUCUUAUAAGACAGACACUUGGGACCAACAUUAAGCAGAACCCAAUCGGCUCAAGAUGGAGAAACCAACUAAAUUCAUUCUCUGCCUCUGCUUGUGCUUUUUCCUUCCCUCAGUAGAAAAUAUCAGCACAAAAGCAACGAAUGCUUUCCAUGUUGGAGUGGUCCUUGACUUGGGCACAUUGGUCGGGAAGACCGCCCGGACAAGCAUUUCCAUGGCAAUCGAGGAUUUCUAUGCCAAGCACAGCAACUGCACCACAAGGCUGGUUGUUCACACCCUGGAUUCCAACAACGAUGUUGUGCGAGCGAGCUGCAUCGCCCUGGACCUGCUGAAAAACAGAGAGGUACAAACCAUCAUAGGUCCCCAAAAAUCAUCACAGGCUGCUUUCGUCUCUGAUCUCGGCAACAAGAGUCAGGUCCCCAUCGUCACCUUCUCAGCAACAAGCCCUUCCCUCUCCUCCACCCGCACACCAUACCUUGUGAGGACAACAGUAAAUGAUUCUUGUCAGGUAAACAGCAUCGCCUCCAUUAUCAAGGCCUAUGGAUGGAGGAAGGUGGUACCCGUCUAUGAGGACACCGACUAUGGCAGGGGCAUCAUGCCAUACCUGAUGGAUGCCCUCCAAGGGAUCGACACCCGCAUCCCCUACCAUAGUAUCAUCCCCCUAUCAGCAACAAACGACGAAAUCAUGGAAGAGCUCCGCAAAUUACGGAGAAUGCAAACCAGGGUAUUCAUCGUGCACAUGACAUCCCCUAUGGCCUCCCGCCUAUUCCCAAAGGCCAAGGUCGCAGGAAUGAUGAGCGAAGGGUACGUGUGGAUCAUGACGGAUGGGCUGGCAAACGUCGUGGAUUCCCUCGAUCCUUCCAUCAUCGAUUCAAUGCAGGGCGCCCUGGGUGUGAAGUCAUACGUGCCCAAGUCGAGGGAGCUCCAUGAUUUCACCAUAAGAUGGAAGAGAAGAUUCCACAAAGACAACCCCAGUGAUCAGCUAACCGAGCCAGGCAUCCUUGGACUGUGGGCUUACGACGCAGUUUGGGCGGUGGCUAUGGCAGCGGAGAAGGUUGGGGUGGCAAAUGCGACCUUUGACAAGCCACAAGCUGGUCCUAACUUGACGGACUUGGACGCAGUGGGGAUUUCCAUGAAUGGUCCGAAACUUCUGAAAGCAAUUCUAGAAAGCAGAUUCAGAGGUAUCAGCGGCCAUUUCCAUCUGGUAGAUGGGCAGCUGCAGUCCUCCGCCUUCCAAAUAAUCAAUGUGGUUGGAAGAGGAGGGAGAGAGGUUGGAUUUUGGACGCCACAAUAUGGAUUGUCGAAAAAGUUAAAUCAGAGUAUAAGUAAAGAGUGCUCGACCCUGAUGACCGAUCUGUGUCCUGUGAUCUGGCCGGGCGAAUCGACUGAAAUACCAAAGGGUUGGGAAAUGCCAGUAAGUGGGACGAAACUGAGGAUUGGUGUUCCCGUAAGGGAUGGAAUUGGUGAAUUUGUGAAGGUAGAAAGGGAUGCCUUCACAAAUAUGACGACUGUCAGUGGGUACUGCAUUGAUGUCUUUGAAGCUGCAAUACAGAAGCUGCCUUAUGCAAUGCCGUAUGAGUAUAUUCCAUUUGGGAACUCAGAAGGAACUGCAUGGACCUACAAUGAUCUUGUCUACCAGGUCUAUCUUCAGAAAUAUGAUGCUGUGGUAGGGGAUGUAACGAUCAGAUUCAACAGAUCGUUGCAUGUCGAUUUCACUUUGCCAUACACGGAAUCAGGGGUGUCAAUGAUCGUUCCAGUCAAACAAAACAUAGACAACAGUGCAUGGACUUUCUUGAAGCCAUUGACCACGGACCUGUGGCUGGGGAGCUUCUUCUUCUUCAUCUAUACAGGCUUUGUCGUUUGGGUGAUAGAGCAUAGGAACAACAAGGAGUUCAGGGGUCCACUUUCCCAACAGAUUGGAACCGUUUUCUACUUCUCCUUCUCAACACUUGUCUUUGCCCACGGGGAGAAGGUGGAGAACAACUUGUCGAGGCUCGUCAUAAUUAUAUGGGUUUUUGUUGUGCUUGUGCUUACAUCAAGUUACACUGCUAACUUGGCAUCGAUGCUUACUGUACAACAGCUUCAACCGGCUGUAACAGAUGUGUACGAGCUCCUUAAAAAUGGAGACUAUGUUGGAUAUAGCAGGGGUUCCUUCAUAGAGGAUGUACUGAAGCAACUCAAUUUUGACAAAUCAAAGAUCAGGGCCUACGACUCUCCUGAAGAAUAUGCCCAGGCUCUCUUAAAAGGAAGCAAGAAUGGUGGCGUUGCUGCAAUUGUUGAUGAAAUCCCAUAUAUCACAGAAUUUCUUGCAAAACAUUGCCCUGAUUACACCAUGGUUGGACCAAUUAUAAAGACUGCAGGAUUUGGAUUUGUGAGUUUUACCAUCCUGAUCUUAACCAUCAGUAUAAUAUCUUAUAUCUAAAGAAUACUCAAUUUCUACAAAGCAAAAUUCUACAGUGCACCUACGCAGUUCUCAUGAGGUAGAUCCAGCAAAAAAUUGAAAAAGGAAAAAAGAAAAAGGGAAAAGAAGAAGAAGAAGUAUAGGAAGCUUUUUAACAUAAACCGAAAUCACAAUAUCGCUGACAACAUGCAUGCUUUAUGAGGAGGAAAUAUGUUUUCACUUUAUUUUAAAGAAAAAAGUAUUUGGAAGCAUCUUGCAAAACCAGAAAUCUUUAAACAUGGAAUUGAUUUUUUUUUUUUUACCAGUGUAAUGAAUGUGAAAUUCCCAUUCUUUUGCCCAGAAGCAAACGUUUUAUUGCCUAAGUAGUUGGUAUUCCUAACACUUCUGAUCCUCUGACUUCCACAGGCUUUUCCUAAAGGCUCCCCUCUAGUCCCUGAUAUCUCAAUGGGGAUACUAGAUCUAACCAAGAGAGAUGAUAUAUUGGAGAUUGGGAGGAAGUGGUUUGGGGAUCACAAUUCUUGUCUAAACGAGGGAAGUACCGUCAGCUCUAACAACCUGAGUUUGAGUCACUUUUGGGGACUAUUUCUCAUCACUGGAGUAGCUUCAACUUGUGCCCUUGUAAUAUUUUUAGCAACGUUCUUCUACAAAAAUUGGCAAGAGAUGAGAAAUAUUGAUCAUGACAAGUCCAUUUUGCAGAGGCUCAUUUCCUGGUUAAAUUAUUUCAACAGGAAAGAUGAAAAUUCUUAUACUUUCAGAAGGGAAAAAACUAAUGACAUGAACAGUGAUGCCAGUAUAUACCGCCGAGAUGAAGCCAAUGUUGAAGCCUCGCACAAUCAAUUAAUCAUUUCGAGCAAUUCAGAUGCCAACUCUGGCCGACCUGAAGAAGAAAGCUCCUCCGCAGAGCAUGCAAAUCCUAGUGCAGAAGCUGAACUGAUCUCUACUGUUUCAACAAACUGAAAUAUGGACUGGAGAGCUAUGAAACACAGA